AAGACAUCGCUGAGACACGGAUCAUCUAUAUCAGAAAAAAGCUGAGUUAUGGAUUAACGAACAACCAUUGCGGUGCCCGCCUAACCUAAUUGAGUUAUGGAUUGACAAACAACCACCGCGCCAUGGAUGCCUAACCUAGACGGCACACAGAUGACAGAACUUUAUUAGUUACAUGACACAACAGGUAGCUCUCGGCUGCUGGACACACACUACUAGCUAGACUCCACAACUUGAUCCAUAUGAUGUUCUUGACGAAAAAGGUGCUUCUUUAAUCAUUCAAGAGCAAGGCACAACAACAAGCCCGUCGGUACACACACCACCGUCGUCUAGCUUCACGUGUAUCGUUAGGCGUGCUGUUGCUGUCACACUCCACAGCAACCACCACACCCUCCAGAUCCCACCAAUACAAAACCGCCCCCCACACUCCCAGCUGCCGCAUGCUGCACUGCCGCACUAGCUAGCUAGCAGAACACUUGCAAAUAGUACACACAAUAAUGGAGCGGCAAGCUCGAUUCGUCGUCCUGCUCGUCUUCGUCUUCUUUGCCGCCGGGGCGGUCCUCGCCAGCAGCUCCGGCGCCGCCGCCGCGGCCGCCGACUUGUCAGCUGGUGCUCAUCGGGCCGCCAUGCCGUCGUCGUCCCUGCACGCGCUGCGGCGCGUGGAGGACGACGCGAGCAGCUUGGUGGAGGAAGAGGAGGCAGCGUACCCGCGGAGGAGGGCGCUCUACGGUGGCGGGUCCAUCGGCUACGCGGCGCUCGCCGCGAGCAAGGCCGCCUGCUACGGGCCGUGCCCCGCUCGUGGGCAGGCCUAUAGCCGCGGCUGCCUGGCCAUCUACCAGUGCCGAGGUUAGAAUUGAUUCAACAGCGCUGUAGCGUGCCAUGCAUGCAGUUGAUCUCAGCUCCCGGCCGGCCUGUGAGGAAUUACACAUGUCUGUUUCUUGUGUGCUAGUUCUCGUUUUUUUCUUCUUUUGUUGAAUGUAAUUCACUUCACUAUGGAGUGGUCCAUAUAUAUGUUGAUAUGUACUUUCUCUAUACUUAUAUAUAAAGAAAGUCGUUUAGGACAGC